UCAGAGCGAUAGCCUCCAAGGAGCUCUCAGACAAAACACAAGCAGCUGGGAGGUGUUUCACUUUUACUCUUGACAUCCAUGACCAUAACGGCACUUGAAGCCAGCCUAACUAAUCAGUUUCCUUUUCAGCUGGGUGGAUAUUUUCAGGGACACACACAGAGCCACUGACUGAAGGAGAGAAUUUGAUUGGAUUUUAAGUAAUAAUAAUUUGGGACAAGAUGGCACUGCGGCAGAACUCUGACAAAGAGCCAACCAUUGAGUUGUUCAUUAAGGCUGGACACGACGGCGAGAACGUGGGGAACUGUCCCUUCUGCCAAAGGCUCUUCAUGGUCCUGUGGCUGAAGGGAGUGAAGUUUACAGUGACCACAGUUGACAUGAGGAAGAAGCCGGCAGAGCUCAAGGACCUGGCUCCAGGGACGAACCCUCCUUUUCUCCUCUUCAAUGGCACACUCAAAACAGACUUCAUCAAGAUCGAGGAGUUCCUUGAACAAACACUGGCCCCUCCCAGGUAUCCUCAUCUCAGCCCGCUGAACAAAGAGUCCUUUGACGUGGGCGCUGACAUUUUUGCAAAGUUCUCCGCUUUCAUCAAAAACAGCCCCAAUAAUGCCAUCCAAGAAAAGAACCUGCUGCGGGAGUUCAAACGUCUGGAUAAUUACCUGAACUCUCCUCUCCCGGAGGAAAUUGACCACAACUCACGAGAAACGAUCGGCAUCUCCAAGCGCAAGUUCCUGGACGGCGACCGCCUCACCUUAGCUGACUGCAACCUGCUGCCCAAACUCCAUGUUAUCAGGGUUGCCGCUAAGAAGUACUGUGACUUUGACAUUCCCCGCCAGUUCACCGGUGUGUGGCGAUACCUGGAAAACGCCUCUGACAGAGACGAGUUCAAACAGACGUGUCCCGCCGACAUUGAAAUCGAGAAAGCUUACUUCUCUGUGGCCAGCAAGAGGAAUUAAUAACCUUUAAUAUACUCUCUGUAAUUCAUGUCCUGCGUGGUUUCCCCUACCACCACCUCCACCCUGCCCACACAAGUGUAACCAUUCAUGAUGAUCUGUAGAGGGCGCUAUAACCUCAAAAACCAUAGCAACGGAUUAUACACUAUUUGUAGUGAAAGCUGAAGCGGAAAUGUGUUAUUGUUUGUAUGUAUCCAAUCGCUCACAGGUGUUUUUAUGCCACACUGAAAAGGCCAAACGUGCAAUUGUCUGUUGAUGUAAUUUAGCUGAUUUUCUUUUUGUUCAUAGUGUAAAUAUAAAUAUGUUUUCUUUUUUAAUGAUCAAAACACCCUCAUUUAAGUAUAUCACAAAUAUUUCACAAAUACAGUCUGAUGUGAUUAAAUAAUUUCACUGUCACAACAAUAAUAAUAAUUAU